AUGUCUGAGGAGAAACAAUAUAUUUCAUAUAAUAACGUACAUCAACUGUGUCAAUUGGCCGCAGAAAGAAUUAAAACAUUUAAACCUGAUUAUAUCAUUGCUAUCGGCGGUGGUGGGUUUAUCCCAGCAAGAAUCCUAAGAACUUUCCUAAAGGAGAAAGGUAUCCCUACAGUAAGGAUUUUCGCUAUCAUCUUAUCAUUAUAUGAAGACAUAAAUUCUGUUGGCUCGACUGUGGAACAAGUUGGUGUCACAGUGCAAAGAACUCAAUGGAUCGAUUACGAACAAUGCAAAUUAGAUCUAGUUGGUAAAAACGUGUUGAUUGUAGAUGAAGUCGACGAUACUCGUACUACUUUACAUUAUGCAUUAAGUGAAUUGGAAAAAGAUGCAGAACAACAAGCUUUGGCUAAAGGUAUCGAUUUAAAUAAAACCCCAGAAUUAAAGACAAAAUUUGGGAUCUUUGUAUUGCACGAUAAAAUGAAACCAAAGAAAGCAGAUUUACCUUCAGAAAUUUUGAAUGAUCCGAAUCGUUAUUUUGCUGCAAAGACAGUCCCAGAUGAAUGGUAUUCUUAUCCCUGGGAAUCGAAGGAUAUCGUCUAUCACACAAAGAUGGCUAUAAAACAAGGUAACGAUAUUUUUAUGGAUUAA